AGCGGACUGUAUUUCUGUUAUGAAAAUAACAAAAUGAAAUUAAUCUUAUCAUCCAGCUCCCUGUCCAAAAUGUUUUUUGUUUAUUUUACAUCAUUUGUCAAACUAAUAUGUUAUUCCUCAGCUUUUCAUUGAUGGAGCACUGAAUUUUAUUGGAUCAGGUUUCUGAGUGGAAACCACAUUCAGUUCCGGAGAGACAUUGUAGGAGAUCUCACGAAGAAAAUGGCAAUCGCAACCCCAGAGACAGCAACACCAGACGGUUGCUUUUCAUCAUCUGCAAUGAAGCACUCGUGCCCUAAUGUGAAGAUGUUUGUUUCAGCUUUGUCCUUUGCAUAUUUUGCCACAGCUUUGUCUGGCAGUUACAUGAAACACAUAAUCACACAACUCCAAAGGCAUUUUAACGUUCCUAGGGACCUGAAGGGCAUCACAGACAGGAGCUUUAAAAUAGGGAAUUUGUUUGUGAUUGCUUUUGUGAGCUAUUUUGGUGCCAAGUUUCAUCGACCCAAGCUCAUAGCAGUUGGCUGUGUCUUAAUGUCUUUUGGGACUUUUUUGAUGGCUAUGCCUCAUUUUUCCAUUGGCCGCUAUGAAACUGACACAUCAGUAAGACCAUCAGUAAAUUCAACUAGUAACCUUUCUCUGUGUCCAGCAAAAUCCACCAAUUCAGCAGAGAGAGCAACUAUAACGUCUUCUAAAGGUUGUGAUCAAGUCUCCAGUGUUUCUUGGUGGAUCUAUUUGUUGCUAGGAAAUGUCAUACGGGGGAUUGGAGAGACUCCAAUUCAGCCUUUGGGAAUCUCUUACAUUGAUGAUCAUGCAACAUCAGAGAACACUGCACUCUACAUUGAUGUACUACAAACUGUGUCAGUUGUUGGGCCUGUCUUUGGAUACAUGUUAGGGUCACUAUGUGCAAAGAUUCAUAUGGACAUCAGUGAUGUGGACAUAAAUGGUGUGACCAUUAACCCAGGAGAUGGAGGCUGGCUGGGGGCAUGGUGGCUUGGCUUCCUUAUUUCUGGAAGCAUUACACUCAUGACUGCAGUGCCUUUCUGGUUUCUGCCCAAAUCCCUGCCUGUACCCACAGAAAAAUAUGACAACAAUUGCACUACAGAGCAGACCAGGUUUAUCAAGGAUUCUCCAGGCAUGGCAACCAGGUUCAGACCUAAAGAACCAGCAAAUUUACCUCAGAUGGCUAAAGAUUUUGCAUCAACUCUGAAGAGUCUCCUUGGAAAUCAUAUUUUCAUGAUCUACUUAUAUGUGACCAUCAUUCACUUGAACUCUGUCAUUGGUUUGGACACCUACAGACCCAAAUACUUCCAGCAACUCUAUGGACAGUCAGCCUCAAAGGCCAGUUUCCUUAUGGGCAUGACCAACGUCCUGGCUGUGUCUCUUGGGAUGUUGAGUGGAGGGUUCAUCAUGAAGAAAUACAAGCUGGGUGUUAUGGGAGCAGCUAAAUUUGCCUUCACAUCAUCUCUGCUGGGGUAUUUCUUAUCAUUCUUUUUCUUAGCCAUGGGGUGUGAGGGCCCCAGAGUGGCAAGUGUCACAGUUUCGUACACCGGAGUGGAGAACCCACCUGGCUGCCAAGAGUCUGUCCUCUCUGAUUGUAAUUCUGGUUGCUCGUGCUCCCAGAAGGAAUGGCAUCCUGUGUGCGGAGAGAACAGGAUCACCUACAUUUCACCAUGUUUGGCCGGAUGCACCUCAUCUGCAGGUUUUGGCAAAAAUAUGGUGUUUGAUAAUUGCAGAUGUGUCAAACUGGAUAAUUUCCAACCUGGCAACCUGACAGCCACUCUGGGCCAGUGUCCACACAUUGACAGCUGCCAAUCGAUCUUCCCUUACUUUUUGACUCUGUCCAUGCUCACGUUUAUUAAUCCUGAGCUGAAGUCACUCACUCUUGGAAUCUACAUAUUGGCCAGUCGCAUGCUUGCUGGAAUGCCUGCUCCUGUAUACUUUGGAGCUGCUAUUGACACCACAUGCCGACACUGGGAAGAGAGGACUUGUGGAGAAUGUGGAGAAUGUCAAUUACACAACACUUCAGCCUACAGGAUAGUGUUCCUGGGUCUGACACUGGGCCUGAGGACAGUCUCAUACUUCUUGUGUAUCUUGGGCUUUGUACUUCUAAAAAGACAUAUCAAGAGAAAGGAGAACAAUGCCUUGCUCCAUGGCAGUGCAGAACUGGACACAAUGGGGAAAGAGGAGAUUUUUGUGUUCCCCGACUGCAGUUUCAAAGCGGAGACUCACUUUUAAACUUUAGCACA